AUGGAUCAAUGCAGUGAACAAUCUUCAGCACUGGACAAGGUUCUUGGAAAGUGGGUAGAAGUCAAGAGAGUAGGAUUUGAUUCUGUAGCAAGAGCCAUGGACCUUUCUGCAGAAUCUAAGGCCUUUUUUGAAAACAGCACAUCAGUACUAGGGUUCGCCAGAAACGGUGACACGUGGACUUUACAAAUCGGAUCUGCUGAAGCACCCCAAAUCCCAAGCUACACAUUCAGGUUUGGACAACCACACUACUCCAGCAAUAUGGACGGGACACCCCUAAAGGGAAUGGUGCUUCCAGAAGGAGACAGGCUUGUGGCUAGAUACGAGAGCAUAGGUCCGAAACCUUACGUGAUGGAAGUCGUCGUUCCAGAGGUUCAUGGCGACAGCAUGAAAUGUCUAAUAACGAUCGAAGGGGAGACAAUUGAAUCAACAUACAAACGGCAGUGA